UGGGGGUGUUUACAUGCAUAUACAUGCAUACCUUUUAUUUUCUCUCUCUCUCUCUCUCUCUCUCUCUCUCUCUCCUCUGAAAUUCUUUUCCUUUGUGCAAAACUCCUGCAAUCUAUCCUUUCAUGGCGUCGCAGGAGAAAUCUAGGCCUUUGCCAAAAUUCGGUGAGUGGGAUGUAAAUUAUCCGGCCUCAGCCGAUGGUUUCACAGUCAUAUUUGCCAAGGCUAGAGAUGACAAGAAAAGCAACGGAACUGCUGCAACCAUGGCGGCACCACCACCUCAGAGGAACGAUCAUCCGCAAAGACAAGAACAGAAGCAUCAGUAUCCUAUCGAGGGGACGAAGUGGUUUUGCUGUUGCUGAAACCCAGCUGCUUUUAAGAAGGGCACGAGACAGAGAAUGAAGAUGUGACAAGAAAAGAGGUGAGAGGUGAGAAACAGGAAAACAGCCAUACUUGGCUACAAGAUCUUGUGUGAUUGGAACCUCUUACUGGUUCUCUCACAUUGUGACUUGUACAUAAGUUCUUUUUCCGUUGACAUUGUUCAAUAGAGAAUGAAAGGGACAAUUUAGUUUUUUUUUUUUUUUUGAACAGCAGAAAAUUAAGGGUCUACAGAGAUUGGACGAGGUGUUUAUGAAAGUGAGGAUUAUGUAUUUUUCUUUCAAAUCUUCGGCUGUGAAAUUCGUAGAUUACCUUGCA